CCAGGACCUGCCUGACUGGGGAGCUCGAGGCAGCUGGAGGUAGCACCCAGGACCCUCCAGCUGAGAUGGAUUUGUCGGUGAAGGACCUAGAGACUACAGCACGAGAUGUGCUGGGGAAACUGAACAGCCGCCAGCCGUUCCAGUCCAAGUGGGACACCGCUGCCUUCAUCAUCUUCCUCGUCUUCGUCAGCGCCGUGUUCCUCCUGCUGCUGCUUGCUGGCAUCCACUGCUGUUGCUGCACCUGCUGUAGCCGCCGCCCCCCCAGAUCCCAGAAGGUGAGCCCCAAAAAGCAAAGCCCCAGGGGAGUGGACAACUUGGCCCUGGAACCUUAAUGUGGCGAGUCCCCCAGCCCCUCUGCCCAUGUGUCCUGCGGGGCGACAGUAACAACGGCCUGUCUGCCCAGA